AUGCACGUUCCUAGGCUUGAGGUGGAGGUCGUUGCUGGUCAUUCGGAGCGUCCCGAGGCAACCUCUCUGGUAUUGGGCCCGGAAGUUUGUCCAUCCACAGCACGCGUCCCUCCCAAAGCAGAGGAGAGGCUGACAACGUCAUCUUCUCCACCCGGUGUGUCUGAGAGUAGAGGCCGGCCUGAUCACCCGACCCGCUUCUCUUGGGACCACUCGCUGGGUAGCCCGUCCCGUUUCCCCCAGGUUCCUACGCGGCACAGAGUACCUGUGGAGCGCCUGGACGAGGAAGCGGAGGAAAGGGAGAGGGAGCGGCAAGCGACUAUGGAACUUCAAUACCGACUCAAGAAACUUGAGAUCGAGGCCGAGACUGCGCUGAAAAUGCGGCGGCUCGAGCUGGAGGCAGAAGGCCGUCUUCCUCUUAACCCUAGCCGGGUCGUUGCUGCUGUUGAGCCAGCCCACAGUCCGGUCCAACCUGUUGAUCUGGUCCCUGAGGCCUACCGGCAGCGCUUCAGAGGCCUCAAGAAGGCCCCAAACCAGACCUAUUGUGUAGAGGAGGAGCAGGUCUCACGCGGGGCCCUUAUCUGCACGCUCCAGGGUCCCUCCCCGUUUGGUGCACUGAUGACAGCAUUCCUCAUGUCAGCGCCUGAUGAUGGCUCCCAGGCCACGCACCUAAAACUGGGGCAAGCGUUCUGA